AUUUUCAUCCUAUCACCUUCUCUUUUUUCUUUCUCAACUCAAUCAUUUCCAAUGGAUAUUGAUUCCAAAAUCCAAGAAAAAAAUAGUGUCUUCAACAUGUUGUGGAACCAAUUCAAGUGGUUUCCAAUAAAGUUGAUAAACAAAAUUAGCAACAUUGCUAAUAACACAAUAAAUAUUGGAAAAAAUGAUCCAAGAAAAAUUUGGCAUGCAGCCAAAGUGGGAUUAUCUCUCACUUUGGUUAUAUUGUUUUACUAUUCAUGGCCACUUUAUCAUAGUUUUGAACAAUCAGCCAUCAUGGCUGUCCUCACAGUAAUGGUUGCAUUUGAGUAUACUGCUGGUGCAACUAUAUCAAAGUGCUUAAACAUUGCAUUUGCUACAGCAUUAGGUGUCUCAUUAGGGAUUGGAGCUAAAUAUUUAGCCAAGUUUUGUGGAAAAGAAGGGGAGCCUAUAAUUCUUGGGUGUUUGGUCUUCAUUCUAGGUGCUCUAGGUACAUUUACAAGAUUUUAUCCACAUAUGCAAAGGAGGUAUGACUAUGGAUGCAUGUUCUCUGUGGCAACAUUUAGUUUGGUCACAGUGUCUGGUGAUAGGUACUUGGAGUUGGUUAAGCAAAGGAUAUCAACUAUUAUGGUUAGUGUUGCCACAGUCAUGGUUAUCUCAUUGGUCAUUCGACCAGUAUGGGCUGGAAAAGAUCUUCAUAAUCUUAUUAUUGCAAAUCUUGAAAAGCUAGCAAGCUUCUUAGAUGGUUUUGAAAGUGAGUAUUUUCAAGCAAUUGGUGAGGGCUCCAAAGACAAGGAAAAGGGAUUUCUUGAAGCCUUAAAAAAUGUUCUUGGUUCUAAGGCCACUGAGGAAUCUUUGGCAAACUUUGCAUGGUGGGAGCCAGCAAAUGGACCAUUUAGGUUUAAUAAUCCAGGGAAAGAGUACUUAAAGAUUGGUAACCUUGGUAGAGAUUGUGCUUGCCAUCUUCAUGCUCUUAGUGGUCACUUAAAAUCCAAAUCUAAGGCACCAACUGAGUUUCAUAAAAGAAUAGAAAAAGCCUGCAAGAGAAUUAUUACGAAAUCUAGCAAUGCAUUAAAGUGUCUUGCUUUGUCCAUCAAAACUAGGACCCAACUCCCUUCCUCCACGGGUGAACCCGGCCCGUAUAACACGAAAUUCGCCAUCGAUGAGCUCAUAGCGGCGCUCUUAAUUACCACAAGAACCAUCUCAGAAGAAGACACAAUUGAUGUCAUCACGGCUAUGUCGGUGGCGUCGAUACUCAUCGACGUCACUAGAUGCGUCGACGAAAUCUCCAAGGCGGUAGGAGAGCUUUCGAUCAAAACACGUUUCCAAAAGGAGGAUAAAAAGAAGGAUAAUUCUACGUCAAUCAAGGCGUUAGAGAAAUUACCGGCGCCUCGAUUACAGCUCCUACACCAUGAAAUUGUGAAUGAUGCGGUGAAGGAGGAGGAAAAUCCUAUAGGUGCAAUAAAAGGAGAACAUGUUGUUUGUGAGAUACAUGUAAUAUAA